CCUGCUUUCAAUAGUGUAUACUUCAUAAUUUUCUGAUGAAUUUUGAUUAGUAAAACUAGUCAAAAUCUGAAAUACGUAUAAGUUAAAAUUAGUAUAUAAAGUAUAAGAAUAUUUGUAAGAAUAUUUCUUAAAAUGACGGAGAAGGCAAAAACUAUGAGUCAUGUAAAACAUAUUCCAAAAGAUGCCCAAGUUAUAAUGUCAAUUAUGAAAGACAUGGGUAUUACAGAUUAUGAACCAAAAGUUAUAAAUCAAUUACUCGAAUUCACAUAUCGUUAUGUUACUUGUAUAUUGGACGACAGUAGAAUAUAUGCAAAUCAUGCUAAAAAGAAAUUUAUUGAUUUGGAUGAUGUUAGAUUAGCAGUUAAAAUGCAAUUAGAGCGUACUUUUACAAAUCCGCCACCAAGAGAUGUGUUAUUAGAUGUUGCUAGGGCCAAAAAUAAUAUACCUCUUCCAUUUGUUAAACCAAGCAAUGGUUUGAGAUUACCACCUGACAGAUAUUGCCUAAAUGCUACAAAUUAUAGACUUAAAAAUGCAACAAAAAAAGUAGUCGGAAAACAAUUACAUUCUUUAGUUGGAAAUAACAUUCAAGGUGGUCAAUCUAAAAUCAAAGUAGAAAGUAAUAAAUCUGGUCUUUCUAUUGUCAAAAGGCCAGGAACACUUGCAACUGUUGCUAGAACUCAAACUAUUUCUAUGCCAAAGCCUGUUUUAAAAUUUUCAGCAGCAGGAGGAGGUGCUACUGUAAAAGCACAAGUAUCUAAGCCAAAAAUUCAAAUUUCCUCAGGACAAACAAUGCCUCCUGUAAAAGUGGAAGUUGAAGAACCUAUGAAAAGAAAGAGAGAAGAUGAUGAUUAUGAUGUACCAUAAUGUACAUGUAAAAUAAAUAUUAAAUAUUUAUAUUUUAUUACAUAAAAAGAUAUAUAAUGUUAAAAUAAUUUGAUUUCUUUAUACAAUGUAAUAAUUUUUAUAAUUUUACCUUUCUGUAGUUAAAAUUAAAUUUAAAAUAAAAUUAUAUAUUUUUAUUAAGAGAAUAGCAUACAAAUAUAUGAUUGUAAUAAUGAAAUUUAUAAAUUUUAUUACCCAUACCAAUAUAAUUAUAUAUAUUAAUAAAUAUUUAUUAUAUAUCAA